AAUCUGCAGAAUAACAUUAUUUGUGCACUUAUUUUGGCAAAGAUUUUUAAUAGACUGAAAAUUACGAAAUUACUAGAAAAAGUUAUGUUAAUUGUAUCAUUAUGAAUCUUGGAUUUUAUUAUGUAUAUAAUUGAUAAUAAUGUAUGUAAUGUAAAUUAUCAAAAGAAAUAACAUUUUCUUGUGAUAAAUCUGUUUAUUUCGAUUGUAUUAACAAUAUAAUACUAAAAUACCAAUACACGAUUUAUUUAGAUACAGAGAUGAAAAUGAUGCCGGUUGUGAUAUAACAUGCAGUAAAAAUAGCAUGUAAUUUUACGAAAUAAAUAGUUACGAAAGUUAAGUUAAAUUAAAUAGAUGGCGCUAUCAUAGACUUAUAGUUAGAAGUCAGCUGAUUGAGUAAAAUAUUCGUAUUCAUAUACUCAUGUUCUUGCAGUUGCUAUCGUUUUAUUUGAUUGUUUUCAGCAAAAAAUUGUCACGCGUUAGAUUGUAAAUAAAGAAACAAACGAAGUUUAAUCUAACGCGAUCUAUUAUAAUAACUAUGUUUGGUCGUAUGUUUAUGUCAAAUUUUCGUAAUAUUUCGUUUUACAGCUUCUAUCGAGAGUAUGGAACGGACCCAAUAGUGCAUUGGCUGGCAAACAUGCUGAGCAAAAAAUGAUAUCAAUUUUAAGAAACAAAUUUCCUAAAGCUAAACUUAUAGAAGUAAAUGAUGUAUCAGGAGGAUGCGGUGCAAUGUUUGAAAUAAAUGUUGUAGCACCAGAAUUUAAAGGAUUGAACACUAUUAAACAGCAUCGGUUAAUUAAUGAAGCUCUUAAGGAAGAAAUUAAGGAUAUGCAUGGUGUACGAAUAUAUACAAGUGUUCCUGAAUCUUAGACAAUUCUUCAUUUUUUUACAAAACUAUUUCUUAUAUCAUAAAAUAUAUCACAAAAUGUAUAAUUAAACUGUACAAAGUUUUGUAAAUUUUGCAUAUAAAUAUUCAUUAUACAUA